CUGUUAGUGGGUCAGAUUUGGGUGAAAGAAAUGGUCAAAUUUUGACUUCCAUCCUCAUUAUUUGACCAUCGGAUGGCGGAAGGGGAAGCUGAGAUUUAACUAUGACUUUGGAACUUAGACUACACAGCCCGGCCGGGGCUGAGGCCGCCGUGUACAAGUGGCCUUUGCCCACGACGGAAGGAAGGGAUGGAGCCCACGAAAUCACUGACACAAUACGAUGGGUGUGUGAUGACUUUCCUGAGCUGAAGAUGGCCAUGGAAAACAUUCUUCAUGACUACGAUCCAAAAAGUUAUGACAGUAUGAAGAGUCUGUGUGACAAAUAUAACCGAGCCAUUGACAGCAUUCUUCAGCUGUGGAAAGGAACAGCACGCCCGUCCAGACUGAACACCCGCCCAACCACUGGCUUGCUUAAGCACAUUUUACAACAAUGUUACAACCACGCUGUCAGCGACCCUGAGAAGCUGAAUCAGUAUGAGCCCUUCUCACCGGAGGUGUACGGUGAGACCUCUUUCGAGCUUGUGCAUCAAAUGGUUAGCUCUAUUCAGUUUGGAGAAGAUGAUGUCUUCAUAGAUUUAGGAAGUGGUGUUGGUCAGGUGGUUCUCCAGGUAGCAGCCUCCACCAACUGUAAGUUCUGUUACGGGAUAGAGAAGGCAGAGUGGCCUGCAAAUUAUGCUGAGGUAAUGGACAGGGAGUUCCGACGAUGGAUAAAAUGGUACGGUAAGACACACACCUCGUACCAAGUCGACAAAGGGGACUUUCUGGAGGAUCACAUGAAAGAACGCAUCAACGGUGCCACGGUUAUAUUUGUGAACAACUUUGCAUUUGGGCCACAAGUAGAUCAUCAGCUUAAGCUACGGUUUGCCAACAUGAAGGAAGGUGCUAAAAUCGUGUCCUCCAAGGCUUUCUGUCCGCUUAAUUUCCGUAUAACUGAUAGAAAUCUUAGUGAUAUCGGGACAAUCAUGCACGUCACAGAGUUGUCUCCCCUCAGUGGCGCCGUGUCCUGGACUGGCAAAGCCUUUGCUUAUUAUCUACACACCAUUGAUAGAACUUUGCUUGAGAAGUAUUUCUUGAGAAUGAAAAAUCCAAAAUUGAGGGAGGAGGAAUGUAAGCCCAGGAGGGAUAGACGAGGCCGUGUUAUUAAAGAGUCAGGCAACAUUAUCUCACAGGAUGGAGAGAGUGAGCUGAAGCGUGGCCUGCACCAGGACCACACCUACCAGUCAGCUAAGGAGCUGGACUUUGACAGCUGUAGUAACCAGAGCACAGGGGACGAGGGCUCACUGGUGGGACCCACAACUCGCCGCCAGUGGUCUGAGUGGGUCACCAAGCCCGCCAAGAGCCCCAAUUCCUCUGCAGCAGAACAGGAGAAUGUUGAAAUGACGACUGGACCGAAGAAAAAGACCAGAAAAACAAACCGGCCUAAUAGGAUACAGAAUGGUGCCAUAAGGGAGAGAACCAAGCGUAAUUCUGCACAGAACCUACGUCGUCAACGAAAAGCCAAGCUGACAGCUUCGCGCAGAAAGGCUGCUUUGACUCCUCGUAAAAAGCAGGUUCCGAGUUUGGAAUGUUUGAACUUGCUUCAUACUCAGACUGUGCUAUCCACAUCACCAGACCAGAGCAGCAAGCUAAACUGUAACGACCGCAGUAUGACAGGUUUCUCCAACACAUACUACAAAUCUGCCACUCAUAACCACACCCUGUCCAGUAUGGACACACCUCCAGGACUCCAGGCUCUGUUUGAUUCCUACAGGCAGAUGUAUUUACACAUGAUGGCCCAAAUGCAGACUCCCCAGUACAGGAUGUUGAUUAAACAGCAGAUUGAAAUAGAACGGGAGCGUAAGCUGGAGCUCCAGUCCCGAGUGGCUACUCUGGAGAAGCAGAUUCUCUAUCUACAGCAGGAUAGUGUCCGGCAGCUCAAGGAGAGACUCACCGAUCUGGGCAUCUGCUCAUCAACGCCUGGCGAAUUCCUGACAAAGGCUAAGGAGAUUGUACAGUGUCAUAAGGACCUGGAAACACAGGUGACCAGUCUGCAGAGUCAGAUUACCAGCCUGGAGGCCGAGCAGCAGAAACUGAUAUCAAAGUAUCAAAACUCAGGAAAUUCAGGUCAACUGCUUGAAAAGCUUCUAGGAAAGAAUGGCUACCAUGUAGGUGAUGUGUGUAAAGGCAGCAUGUCAAGCGAACCAAGCAGAAUGGAAGUGGAUACCAAGCCAAAACUGAAGUGUGUCAAAUCAGGGUCUAGUCGAGGGACGACACCCUCAGGUCUGUCGCUGUUUCCCCUCCACACCAAGGUGGAGAAUGCAGCAGACGUGAAGCAGUACGAGUCAUCACGGUCAGACAUGGAUUCUCAGCUCAAGUCCAUCAUCACAUCGGCACUGAUGGAGUCCCAGUCUCGAGGGGGUGACGCUGGAAAGACGGUCGACAGCAAGGACGGGCUCAGAUCUAACGCUGCUUACAAACGAAAGAAGAGUCAAAAACAGGGCGCCGACUUGGCUAAAGCAGCUGUGACUCCACCUAACGGUAUGAGAAGCUUGCCUGUUAGCAUAUCCCUGAAGACUGUGACGCCCGAGGGCCUGAGGACUGUUAGUCCGGAAUCCCGCCCCAGUCUACCAAUCAGCAUACCUCUGUCAGAGGUCGGUCGCGAUAGCCUCCGACACAAACUCAACUCCAAAACUGUGAUCAAAACAGAGGCCGUGGACAGUGAGGCAUUAGAGGUGUAUGGCAGAGUGCAGACUGUUGUAGACCCGUGUGUGAAGAAUGCUAAACAAGAGGUGGGUGCCAACGAUCAGCAGCGUAGCUCGAGCAGUACAGAAUCUGCUCAAACCACUCCUGAUGAAGACUUGGACAGCUCUAGAGAGCCUCUUAGCCAGUCUUGUCAGAGGAGGAAGAAGGCUGUGAACAAUUUCCUCUCCAUGACAACUGUAAAUGACAGCAUGGGCGGGAAGCCAGGGCUUAGUGGUAACUCCGUGACAAGGACAUCAGGUAUGAAGACGGACUACAGUCUGGUUCAGCCCUCUCUGGUUAACAGAGCCUCCCCGACAGUGGUUCAGAAAAGAACUAGUGUGACACAGGUAAGCUCAGGUAGCCGAGACUCUGGAGGCACUGUCCAAAUCACCACUAACUGUUACCUCACCUCUAGCAAACCUGGAGCUGAUGGACAGACGCCCACGAUAACUAACGCCAACAACUUAGGCAGUAGUAAACGGAAAAUGAAGCGCAAGCGUCUGACACCUGUGAAGAGCUGUGAGCCGGAGACUAAGAAGCUGGCACUAUCUGGUGUAAGCAUUGAGGGUCGAGAGAGCAGAUCUGGUACCCCUUCAGUGUCUGCUGCAUCUACCCAGGGCUCCUCCGUUGGCUGUUCCAGCAAACCUCCUGCAUGGAGGAAUGGAUAUGUUGCUCACCCUAGUUUAGAGCAGUCAUCCCAGCAAACAACAGAAUCUCCCAACAAGAUGUGGCAGACAUUCAGCAGUGGAUUUGAUGCCUUGGUGGCCUUCGCUUCCUCAGAGCUGGAUCGCAACCGCGAACUACGCCGCAAGAGUUCGGAGCCUGAAUCACAGCCGUCGCCAGACAAGAUGGGAGAGGGGAGAAAGGAGAAGAGUAAAGCAAGUAAGUUGAGCGUGGAGGAUUGUAGUGAUGAUGAGAGGGAAGCGGGCUCCCCCAUGAUCUGUUCGGUUCUCCCCACCUCUGCUGUAUCUUCUACUAAAGACUGCCUCCUCACUGGUGUCAACACUAACAGCAUUACGGCUAGACAGCCCCGGGGGCCUCACACACCACCCGGCACACCACCUAGCACUCCACCACCCCUCCUCCAGGAGGAGGGUCAGCAACAGGGGAUGAGUGGACCCCGAACACCACCCGGCUCACCUGACACCGCUCCCUCACUAGGCCCCGGCCACCAGGGCAGCCUCUUCAGAUUCAAGCCCUCCACAAGGGACAGGUCGGACAGCAGUAGCUGCAGCAGCAGCCGCAGCCGUAGUCGUAGCUCAAGCCGUAGCUCCUUGUCCAGCCGCAGUAAUUCCAGCAGCAGCAGCCAUAGUCGCAGCCGAAGUCGUGGUCGCACCUUGCGUCACCGAAGCUCCAGCUCUAGUAGUGACAGCAGCAGUAGUUGUGAUAGUUCCCGGAAGAGAGGUACUGCCGUGAAGAAGCCAGUCACAACAGUGUCACUGCCAAAUUACCACAAGUCCAUCUCUCAGGUUCAGAAUAUACCACGCCCCAGUGCCAACCAUACCACCCCGCCCAAACUAGAGAAGAUGGUCCCGGUGAAGAACAAUAAAAACAACUCAACAUAUUUCCAUAGGGAUCAAAGCUGGCAGAGCCAGAAAAUCAAGUAUAAUGGAUAUCCCAGAGAAGUAGGGACAGGCAAGAGCCCAGUGAAGGCACAGACCCCACAGGGCUUUGUUUCCACCCAGCCCUACCUGGGAUCUACCCUCUCUUCAGCCCAGUCCUCCCCAUACGACCACAGCUCUCAAGCCACCUUAAUGCCAAACACACCCGUGGGAAGAAAUUUCCAGGGCCUGUCCCCGACAGUCACACCCACACAGGGCACGCCCCCACGCCCCAGGCAGACCACACCCCAAACCAUUUCUCCAUACAACACUCCAGGCUAUCUCCAGUCCCCAACCUCAAGUUUAGGGCAGGCCUCUCCUGUACAGGCUAACAGCUGUCCCCAAGGGCGAGCCGGGCCAGCUCAGUGCCCCCAGAACCACCCGCCAUCCAACAUUCCCUGCCCUAAUAAAACACCUACAACCAUACCCUCAAAACAGGUGUCUAACUGCUACCCCAGCCAGCUUCCCCAGCUACCAUUGCCUGACACCAUCCCGGUGCUCUUUCCAGACGUCACCCGACCCCCACCUAACAUGAGGGUCACUUCACAGACGCCAGUGCUGAUACCUCCCUCACUUCCCAAGCCAGCUGUUACAAUGAAUGGCUUCCCUUCCUCCUGUUACUUCAGCAGCUCACCAGGCUGUGGAAGCAAACUGCAUGCCAACAACAAUAGCGGCAAAGUGAAGGAAAUGGACUCUUUCUGGGGCAGACCCCCAACAUGCCUCCCCCCUUGUUACCUCCACCUCCGCCCAUGGGCUCUGGCUCAGAGCUGA